AUCUUCCGGGUUAGUGGGAGACCUUGAGAGUCGUGGAAUCGUUCCGAGUGUUACAAUCUGUAAAGCGAACGAAGAGUCCGACUCAAGGCUCUGCAACAGGUGAAAAAAAAAUAUAUUUUACUGUGGUGUCGUCCCUGGAUUUUCCAUGAUAUUAUACAUGAAACUUCGUCGACGUUGUAUUCCCCAAUAAACUAUGAACAUCUGGUUUAAAAUUUUAUUUCUAUCGAUACUCGAUAAAGAAAUUAGAUCAUCCCUCGCCUGGCCAGCUCUUAACUUUUGGCCUCUUGCUCCCAGCCGACAACCUCACGACACAUUCGAUCUGUCUGACGGAGGCGGUCGCGAUCCACGUGUUUUAAAUUUUUUCCCCGUACCCGUGGAAGAGGAAUGUCUGUCGGAAGACAAGCGCAGAGUCGGAAUCUGCAUGAACACCUACGAAUGUCGGAUUCAGCAAGGAAAAUCUCACGGCCCCUGCGCCCUCGGUUUUGGCGUUUGUUGCAUAUUUACAACGAGCUGCGGGGAAGAAGUCCAAAAUAAUUUGACCUACGUCACGAACCCGGGAUUUCCCAACUUGGUUGAUCAGUCAAUGAACUGCUCGUUGACCGUGAAAAAAAUCGAUCCUCAAGUCAGUCAGCUACGAAUAGACUUUCUACACUUCAAUAUCGGUCAACCGAACAGGAGAACCGGUAUCUGUGACACUGACUUAAUGGAAAUUCGAACCGGAGUUAGGAGUCUAAAUCUGUGCGGUUGGAACAGCGGGCAACACGUAUACGUCGACGUGGACGACGGUCCGAUAACUUUGGAUUUCCGGCUCCCGUCAUCCCUGGAAUCAAAAAUGUGGGAAAUGCGAAUAACUCAAGUCGGCUUCGAGCAAAGGGCACCGGCAGGUUGUCUGCAGUACCACGAUAGUCCGAAAGGAUUUUUACGUACUUUGAACUACUUGCCGAACGGACGUUACCUCGCCGACCAAGAUCAUCUACUUUGCGUUCGUCAGGAGCGUGGAAUGUGCAGCAUCGCUUACGCCCCGUGCUCACCGGAAUCAUUCCGCAUCGGUCCCCCUCGGUUAAUCAGACCCACAUCAAACGCCGCAGCAGGAAGUCAAUCGGCGGGAGAAGACCAACUCCAGGGCGUUCAUCAAGAGGGUUCCGGGACGGGUGAUCCAAUAUUCUACGGAACCGCACCCCGCUGCAGAGACAGGGUGCUGAUCCCGUGCGAUUUUGAAGAAUUUAUCACGCCCGGAAAUGACGGGGCGGGUAUAUGCGACUUGGAACACUGCGGUAACUCUCUAUGCAACCCUGGGGAAUUGGAUGCCGAUGGGAAUUGCAGAGUUGAAACGUCGGCGACGCCGUUUCAUAUUCGUGUAGCUUUCGGUCCGGGCGAAGACAACGGAUCGUCGUCAGAAGACAACGUCGGCAUGUGUCUCAGCUACGAACAAUUGCCUUGCGGACCUUGACUUUAUAUUAUAAUUUGUAAAUACAUUUAUUUAUUUAUUUA